AUGCUCAAUAUCGCAGCUAAUCCACGAGAAGGAGAAAGGUACUAUGAAAGGCUAUUAUUGAAUCACGUUCGAGGGCCAACUUCAUUUGAAUACUUACUCACUGUUAAUGGAAAGCAUUGUGAAACUUUUAAACAGGCAGCCAAAGAAAGAGGGUUAUUAGAAUCAGAUAACAGCAUUUCAGAAUGUUUACGCGAGGCUGUCACCUUCAAGAUGCCCGCCGCCCUUCGAUGUUUGUUUGCAACAAUCUUGGUUCAUUGCAACCCAACAGAUGUCAGAUGUCUCUGGGACACAUAUUAUGGGGAUAUGUCCGAAGAUUUUCAAAGGAGCCAUUCAAGCACAACAAACGCACCAAUCCAAUGUACCUUGAAAAGUAUUAACUAUUACUUGGAGAGUAUGGGACAAAGUGUGGACAAAUAUGACAUCCCUCAGAUCAAACAACAACCACUUCAAACUGAACCACGUGAAUGUAGAGAAAUAAUAGAAGAAAUGUCUGUGAAAGUGCCAGCUGAAGAUGUUGCCUCUCAAUCAAAAUUGAAUCAAGAACAAGCGCAAGCUUACAAUACCAUUCUUGAAAGGGUCGACUCAGAAACACCGGGGUUGUUCUUUGUGGAUGGGCCUGGGGGAACUGGGAAAACAUUCCUAUAUCGCGCGUUACUAGGAAAGGUUAGAUCAGAAGGUAUGAUAGCAUUAGCAACUGCAACCAGUGGUGUAGCAGCAGCAAUAUUGCCUGGAGGACGUACGGCACACUCAAGAUUUGCCAUACCACUACAAGUAGAUGAGACAACAAUGACAAAUAUGUCGAAACAAGGUGGGGGAGCUAAACUAAUUAGACAAGCAAAAUUAAUAAUAUGGGACGAAACACCCAUGGCAAAUAGACACAUAAUUGAAACAGUCGACAGAAGCUUUCGCGAUAUAAUGGAUAGCGACAUUCCUUUUGGAGGGAAAGUCAUGGUAUUUGGAGGGGACUUCCGUCAAGUUUUGCCUGUUGUACCAAAAUCUACACGCGCGGAGACGAUAAAUGCAAGUUUGGUUAAGUCGUAUUUGUGGCCUUUAAUGGAAAAGAUUCAACUAUCAACAAAUAUGCGAGCAAGAGCAGAUACACAUUUUAGUAACUUUUUGCUUCGAGUUGGAAAUGGGGAAGAAACCACAAUAAAGGAUAAUUUAAUAGCACUUCCAGAACAAAUGACUGUACAACAUACACAACAUGGUAAUCCAGAAGAAACCUUGAUCAGGGAAAUAUUUCCAGACCUUCAACAAAAUUACAGAUCUACUGACUAUAUAACGGAACGGGCAAUCUUAGCAAGUAGAAAUGAAUUUGUAGAUAAUCUAAAUGAAAUCCUGAUUGGGAAAUUCCCUGGAGAAACAAAAACAUAUAUCAGUUUUGACUCAGCGGAAGAUGAUACCAACAACUACUAUCAAGAAGAAUACCUCAACACCUUAACACCAAAUGGACUACCACCCCAUAGGUUAGUGCUGAAAGAAAAUGCGCCAAUCAUGCUGUUGAGAAAUCUAGACCCCUCAAAUGGAUUAUGCAAUGGGACUCGCUUAAUUUGUAGAGGAUUUGACAAGAAUAUCAUACAUGCCGAAAUAACAACAGGUCAAUAUGCAACAAAACAAGUGUUUAUUCCAAGGAUACAACUAUCACCACCGGAGAAUGAAGGAUAUCCUUUCAAAUUUAUUCGGAAACAGUUUCCAAUACGUCUAUGUUUUGCAAUGACAAUAAAUAAAGCACAAGGUCAAACAAUACCGAAUGUUGGAUUGUACCUACCACAACAUGUCUUCUCACAUGGUCAACUGUACGUAGCACUAUCAAGAGGAAUAUCUAUGGCGACAACAAAGGUAUUGGUCAUGACUGAACAACCAGAACGGUACAAAGGGACAUACACAAGAAAUAUUGUGUACAAGGAAGUUUUAGGCGAGAUUUGA